AUGCGAGACGAAUACAUCGACAUCACUGAGUUCUCCCACCACGAGCUUGAAUGUCUUAGUUCUCACCUCUUCGCUUGGCAUUGGCUCCCUUCUAGUGGGACCACAGGCCACUCCGGCGGCAUCCUUUUAGGGGUAAAGGAUGCCACCUUUGAGGUGGGUGGCAUGGACCGGGGUGAAUUCUUCGUUAGUAUGGAGAUCUUCGAGCGGGCUCUCAACUUCAAAUGGCAGGUCGUGAUUGUUUAUGGACCGGCGGACCAUCGCCGCUCCCCGGCCUUCCUAGAGGAGCUACAUCUGAAGAUCUCCAACUCCCUCCUCCCAGUUGUUGUGGGCGGAGACUUUAACCUCAUCCGAUCCCCGGACGAGAAGAAUAAUGACCGGAUUAACCUCCCCUGGAUACAUUUAUUCAAUGACUGGAUCACGGAACUGGGUCUCCCUUUAGUGGCCCCCUUCACCGAGGACGAGGUUCUCGCGACUAUUAAAGGGAUGAACCCCUCCUCGGCCCCGGGACCGGAUGGUCUGCCCGUAACGUUCUUCAAGAUGUUCCGGCCGACCAUCAAGCCGGAGGUCAUGGCCCUGUUUGAGGAAUUCUCUGUGGAUAUUGAUCCACGGAUUUCAGUGAUCUACAAACACGCUGCUGCACUUGUGGGUACUGAUGGACCAAAGAAGGAGGUUGUCAGUUUGUUAACGGUCACCGAGAAGAAGCUCAAGGUGGUGUCCAUCGUGGGAUUCGGGGGACUGGGGAAAACUACCCUUUCUAAUCAGGUGUAUAAUGAUCUCGAUGGGCAAUUUGACUGUAAGGCAUUUAUUCCCGUCUCUCAAAAACCAGACAUGCCACGUCUUCUCAAUAGCCUAAGAUUAAAGCUUGGGAUAAAUGAUUCCUCUGGUAUUUGUGAGGUCCAAGACAUCAUCGAUCAACUUAGAGAACACCUUGCAAACAAGAGGUAUUCUAUUAUAGUCGAUGACUUGUGGGAUGAAGAAGCAUGGGACAUUAUAAGAUGUGCCUUUCCAGAAAAUGGUAAUGGGAGUAGAGUAAUAGUAACCACACGAGUGGAAGCCGUUGCAAUCUCAGCAUGUUCUUAUCACUAUGAGCACAUCUACAAAAUGAAGCCCCUCAGCUCUGAAGAUUCAAGAAAGUUAUUCAUGGGCAGAGUAUUUGGGUCUGAGAACAAAUGUCCAUCUAAUUUUGAGGAAGUUUCAAAUGAAAUUCUAAAGAAGUGUGGCGGAUUGCCACUUGCAAUCAUUACUAUAGCUAGCCUAUUGGCUUCCCGUCGAGAGAGAUCAAGGAAUGAUUGGGAGAACAUACAGAAUUCUCUAGGUGCCCAGUUUGCCAUAAACCCCACUCUGAAAGGGAUGAGGAAUAUAUUAAACCUCAGCUAUAUGAAUCUUCCUCUUCAUCUCCGCACUUGUUUUCUUUACCUUGGUAUGUAUCCAGAGGACUAUGAGAUUAUGAGGGAUGAUCUAGUACGAAAAUGGAUAGCCGAAGGCUUUGUCAGUAAUUCACAUGGAAAAAAUUUGGAGGAUGUUGGGAUAAGUUAUUUCAACGAGCUAGUCAAUAGAAGCCUGAUUCAGCCUGUAAUUGACAGAUUAGGGCGGGUGUGUUACAAAGUACACGAUAUGAUGCUGGAUUUGAUAUUAAGCAAGUGUGCAGAAGACAAUUUUAAUAGUGUGGCAUAUACUCCCUCCGUUCCUAAAUAUACUUCUGAAGAGAUGACAAGACCGACUAACUGCACAUACAUGAUCCGUCGAUUAUCGCUGAUCUCAGCUAUUGAUAGAACAAGUGAGACAUUAUCAUGGACAGUUUCGGAUAGCACAUCACAACUUCGGUCAUUGGUGUGGUUUGGAGAUUGCCGGUCCAUAUCUCGUCUCAUUCAGUUGAAGUAUAUCCGUGUGUUAUCCUUUGAAAAUUCAUAUUUACCUUGGGGUUCACAUCUGGACCUCACUGCUAUCAGCCAAUUAUUUCAACUGAGGUAUUUGAAGGUUUCAUAUGAUUGCUAUGCAAAGCUUCCCACUGAAAUUCAGGGGCUUGUGCAUUUGGAUACGUUGGAUGUAGGAUAUGGAAGCAUCCCGUCAGACAUAGAGCACUUGCCCCGCUUGUCUAAUCUGACAAUGGGUUUGAAUGGGAAGAUAGGGCUACCUGAAAGGAUCGGGAUCAUGGAAUCACUUCGCACACUCCAUGGUUUCCAACUGCAGAGCAGUUCGCUGGAGGCUAUUGAGGGCCUUGGUAAGCUGACUAAUCUGAGGAGUCUGAAGCUUUCUAACUUUGAUGGUGAUGAUUCCAAUCUGCUAGAGAAGGCGAAGUUUGAUGCUUGGGUCUCUUCUAUUUGUAAGCUACGAAACCUCAAAUAUCUCCGGAUGAUAGGCUAUCAUGAUGAUAAGGACGACAUUUUAGGCUCAGUUUCAGAUCCUCCUGCCCUUAUCGAGGAAAUGUACCUUGGUAGCUGGAAGAUGUUGGGAGUUCCUAAAUGGAUCGGUGAUCUCCAUUGCCUGCAUAGCCUGGAAUUAUCUGUUUGGGAGACCAGAAAUGAUGCGAUUACUAUUCUUGGAGGACUGCCAUCCCUCGUCUCCCUCGAUCUUACAGUUGUGACAUGCCCUAAAGAAGGGGCUGUAAUCGUCAGCAAGGGAUUAUUCCCAGUUCUGGAGCACCUUAGAUUCUACUCUAAAGAAGAUGUUACAGCAUAUCUGGGGUUCGAGGCAGGAGCUAUGCCCAAGCUACAGAAGCUCAUUCUGCAACAUAAUGAGCGGUCGUGGGGUGGAGCUGCACCAGUUGGCAUGGAGCACCUCUUAGCCCUCCAGCAAAUCAGUUUAUUUGUAUUUGGCAACGAGAAGGAAUCUCGUGAACAAGUGAAGCUCAAGGUCCAGUCUGCGUUGAGGAACGCCGUGCAACUGCACCCAAGGCGUCAUUCCUUGGAUAUUAACUGUGGCUGCUACUGAGUGAAGCAUCAACUGUUUGAGAAAUGGCCGGCAAAACGGUUAGUUUGUUACUACUAGCUAUAGAGGGUGUUUGUUUCCAGGGACUUAUUGGUUUAGGGACUUAAAAAAGUCCCUAUAAGUCCCAUCUAAACCAAACAGGAGGGACUUAUAGGGACUUAAAGUGGGCAUUUGGGACUUAUGAAAUAAGACUCUCAAGAAGAGUCUUAUAGGGACUUAUAGUUGUAAUAUGGUAUUUUAGUCUAUGUUAAGUCCCAGGAACCAAACAGGUAGGGACUUUUUAGGGACUUGGGACUUAUAAGUUGGGACUAAAAAAAGAC